AUGAUGGAAAAUAAAGUGUUCCUGUCAUUCACGUUCUACAGCACAAUUUUGAUUUUAAAAAUGUAUGUCGUUGCCAUCAUUACGGGGCAAGUGAGACUCAGAAAGAAGGCGUUUGCAAACCCGGAGGAUGCCCUGCGCAAUGGGGGGUUGCAGUUCUGCCGCGAGGACCCUGACGUGGAGCGCUGCCUCAGGGCCCACCGUAAUGACAUGGAGAACAUCUUUCCCUUCCUCUUCCUCGGAGCCAUCUACUCCCUGCUGGAUCCCAGUCCUACAGUGGCCAGGAUCCACUUCCUCAUCUUCUGUGUGGGACGGAUCAUCCACACCAUUGCCUACCUCCUGCAGCUGAGGGCACCCGCACGCUCCGUGGCCUACAGUGUGGCCCAGCUGCCCUGCUUCUCCAUGGCCCUGCAGAUCCUCCUGGCCACUACCCCAUACUGGUAA